AUGAAACAGCAGAGAACAAGACGCCUGUACAUAGAAAGAAUAAUAGUGGAGAACUUUAAAAGCUACAAAGGAAGCCAUACAAUAGGACCAUUUGGAAAAGGAUUUAAUACAGUGGUAGGCCCAAAUGGCUCAGGAAAAAGCAACGUGAUAGAUGCAAUACUCUUUGUACUAGGAUUUAAAGCAAAGAAGCUAAGACACUCAAGGGCAGAAGAUCUGAUCAACUCAGGGGAGCCAAGACCAGAUAAGGCAACUGUGAUAAUUGAGCUAAAGGAUGAAACAGGAGAAGGCGUGACUGUGUCUAGGGCAGUAAAUAAAACAGGAAAAAGCACAUACGCAGUGAAUAACUCACCAAGUACCCAGGAGACAGUAACAGAUCUAAUGAAAACCUACAAUGUAGACCUAAUAAACAACAGAUUCAUGAUACUCCAAGGGGAAAUUGAAAGUAUCUCGAAUAUGAAGCCAAAGGGAACAGGAGAACAGGCAGGCCUAGUAGAAUAUCUAGAGGAAAUUGUAGGCACAAAUGUCUUCAUAGAGAGAAUACAACAGGCAGAAGAAAAAGUCAAAUUUACAACAGAAUUAGCAGACAGGUACAGGGCAGAGUACCAGUUCAUUGAGAAAGAAGUGAAUUACCUAGAGCCAAAGGCAAAGGAUGCUAAGUCCAGAAUAGGAAGUUAUCUGGCAGCAAUCCAUAAGAGACAGGAGAUCAUAAAGGAAGAAAGAAAGGAUGCAGAUGAUGCAAUGGAGAAGGCAGCAAAUGAAAAGAAAGAAGCAGAGCAGGAACUGGUUGAUCUGAAGAAAAAGAAAGAAGAAGUUUUAAAAGGUCAAAAAAUAGUAGAGACAGAAGAGGAAGAAGCAAAGGGUCUUCUCAGAAGGAAAGAAGGCAUCUACUUAGAGGCAAAGAGUAAAUAUGAAAGCAUAGACUUAAGAAACCGAAGAGUAAAAGAACUGAUUAAAAUCCAUGAGAAAAAGAAAAUAUCCCUUCAAGAAGAAGUCCACCAAAUAAAAGAAGAGAAGGCAAGGUAUGAAACCAAGAAGAAAGCAUCAGAGGAAGAAAAAGAAGAAAAUCAAACGAAAAUACAAGAGAGCCAGAAAGAAAGAGAGAGUCUAUCAAAGGAAAUAAAGAAGAUUGAGGCAAAUAUGAAUGGACAGGAAAGGAUAGACCUGGAACAAGCAAAGAAGAACCUACUAGACCACAUGAGAGGCUCAAAGGGAAUAAAAGACCAGCUAAGAGAAAAAAGAAAAGAAAGAGAGACAGUUGAAAAUAGAAGAAAUAAAUUGGAGAGAGCAGCACAAGAUAUCCCACAGGCAAUUGAGAAAAUAAAGGAGAGUGCAUCAGCAUACAGCCAGGAGAAGCAUGAUAAACUAGAGAAUAAGAUGCGAAAUUUAGAAAAAGUCAAGGAAGAAACAAUAUUCGAGUUACGCAAAAGGGAGAAUGCACUGUAUGAAGCACAGAAUGAGAUGAAAACAUCAGAUGUAACAGACAAAUUAAGUCAGCACCUGCAGAUUGAAGGAUACCAUGGUAGAGUAAAGGACUUAGGUUCAAUCCCAGAUAAGUACACAAUGGCCCUCUCUGCAGUAGCAAAAGGAUCACUUAAUAACCUAGUAGUAGAUACAACAAGAAUAGCUGAGAAGUGCCUGGAUAUAAUUAAGAGCAAACAGCUUGGGAGACAUACAAUUAUUGUUCUGGAUAAAAUUGCAUCAGAUAUAAGGCAAAGUAAAGAAUGUAACAGACUCCUGGAUAAAAUAAGAACAAAAGACCUGUACAGAAGGUGCUUCUACCAUAUACUAGGAGACACACUUGUAGUUAAUAAUAUGGAGGCUGCCAUGAAAAGGGCAUUUGCCCCAGAUAGACCCAAGGUAGUGACCUUGGAUGGGAAGGUCAUUGAUAGAAGUGGUCUAAUGAGUGGGGGUGCAGUGCGUCCUGUGGUGCUGUCCCAGAGAAGAACCCAGAAGGAGAUAAAUAAGGAACUGAAAGAAGCAGAAGAAGCAGUUAAGGAGGCACGUGAUGGACUAGGUACUGUGAAUGCAGCUAUAGACAAAACAAAAGAGAGACUUGACACAGAAAUAGUACACAAGAAGAACAAGGAACAAGCAAACCAAGAGAUUAUACUACUGGAGAAACAGUUAAGAAAGACACAAGAAGAGAUGAAGAUGCUGCCAGAAUUGAAGAAGCAAUAUGAACAAGUAAAGGAAGAAGAAGUUCUUUUGUGCAAAAAAAACAAAGACCUGAAUUUAAUUGAGAUAGAACUGGAAGAGAAAAUUAAAAAACAUCAGGACACUCUGGAUGAAAUAGGAGGGGCAUCAUAUAAAGUGAUGAAGGCAAGGCUUGAGGGCCUGGAGGAGCAGAUAUUUACGCUGCAAAGUAGAAAUAAUCAGUUACAAAAAAUACUUAAAGAAGUACCUCUGUCAGCUGAUGAGAAGGAAGGUCUACUGCAGGAAACACAGAAUAAGCUUAGUGAUUUAGUACUGGAGCCAAUAGAUGCAGAGAAGGCUACAAUGGAAAUGGCAGAAAGAGAGUUAAGAGAGGCAAAGAUGCAGGUGGAUGCAGCAACAGAAAAAAGGAUUAGCAUGCAGCGAGAGAUAGAUAUCUGUAGAAUAAAAGAGACAGAGAUAGAAGAAAAACGAAGUCUAGAGGAUGAAGCACUAAAUAGCAUUAGGAAUAAGCUGGGUCAGAUGGUAAAGGAAGAGAGUGACAUGAAGGAAAUUGAGAAGAGAAUAUCUGAGAGAUUGGGUGAGCAUAAGGAUGCACUCCCUGAGACAAGUCAGGUCAGAGAUAUAACACAAGAAGAGAUCGAGAUAGAAAUAGAGAUGUACCUUGGGUACCAGGAGAAGAAAGCACAGGCAGAGAAAGAAGUAGAACAGCUGGCUGCAAAGGAGGCAGAAGAGAAAACUGCAAAAACUGAUCUAGCAGAUCUAAAGGAAGAAAGAUCUUCAAAAUUCCUGCAAAGCAUCCGGAAAAUCAAUCAGGAACUGAAAAAGAUCUAUAGUAUGCUUACCUUCGGGGGAGAUGCAGAGAUAGAGCCAGUUGAUUAUCUUGAUCCAUUCUCAGAAGGCGUUGUAAUGAGUGUUAUGCCCCCUAGGAAGAGUUGGAAGAGUAUUUCUCAUCUGAGUGGAGGAGAAAGGACACUUGCAUCACUCUCUCUGAUAUUUGCCUUGCACGAGUACCACCCUAAUAGCUUCUAUGUUAUGGAUGAAAUUGAUGCAGCCUUGGACUACAAGAAUGUAGGAAUAGUAGGGCAGUUUAUUCAGGAAAGAUCAAAGGACUGCCAGUUCCUGGUGAUCAGCCUGAGAGAGAAUAUGUAUGAACUAGCAGAUGUCUUUAUAGGCGUAUACAGGCCAGCAGAAACUACCCUUACUCUGGCAGUAAAUACGAGUGCAGUGAAAUAA